AUGAAUGGUGAACAGAAGAGUGAUUUGUGGGAAGCAUACCACAGCUUAAUGGAUGAAGAAGAGGAAAAGAACGAAGAACCUCAACCACAAGUAAGAGUUUCCGCAAACGCUUUCAAAAUCGUUGAAAUGUAUGUAAGUUCAAGCGAUUCAGACGACGAACAGUUAGAAACAAAGUAUACAGAUAAUGAUCCAGAUAGCAACAAGCCAAUCAGAUCCGUUCAUGAAAUUCCAACUCACGAAUUACCACCUGGCGAAGUACCAGAGAACAUUCCAGAAAACUGGAAGCUAUUACCAGCAUGCAGGAUUUCUAACAAAGUAGGAAACCUUUGCACUGCAGAUCUUUUAGGUAAACCAUUAGAACCAGGCUCUCUUCUUCUUACACAAGACAGAAAGCCAACUACACGUGUCCUUGAGCUCUUUGGACAAAUUGAGAAUCCUAAAUUGAUCAUAAAUGGUGAUUAUCCAGUUGGAACUGUUUUGUACACUGUUGUUGAAGAUUCUUCAGUACCAGAUCCGGAAUUAAUUGCUAGGAAAUAUAAGGGAACUGAUGCUUCUAACAAAUUCGAUGAAGCUGUUGAAAAACCUUCAGAUGAUGACGAUAUUUAUGGCAAUGAAGAUGAUGACGAAGAUGAACAUGUUUAUUAA